CUCGAUGACACUUGUGAUUGUCAAAAGACUGCUGGGCGUUGUCAAAUCACUUCCAACUUGUUUAAUAUAUUUGUUUACUAAAGUACGACUGAAUUUUUAAAUAUAAUUUAUUGUUUAUUUGUUUAUUGUUGUUCCGAAAAUGCAUAAAAAGACAGCAGCUAUUUUAUUUGUCAUAGCAGUACUGACUUUGCGUGAAGCUUCAGCAAUAUGGUGCUACCGCUGCACAUCGGCCACACCAGGUUGUGGAGAAAAAUUCAAUUGGCGCGGCAUAGGUUUUCUCGGGGAGCAAUGCCCUGAAACCAAUGAUAUAUGUGUCAAAGUGAUUGAGAAGCGUGGCGCACAAGAGACCAUAACGCGUGACUGUUUGAGCGCAUUAAGCUUCCGCACAGACAUUCCAGCUGAUAAAUAUGAAGGUUGCAGACCGGCCGCUAAGGAUAUACGUCUGGCACACUAUGUCAAUCACACUAUAAAGGAACAUGAUGUGAAGCGUGACUAUUUCAAUGAUGUCACAUUCUGUUUCUGCUUUCUCGAUCAUCGCUGUAACGGCGCUAAAGCGAAUGCUAUUAACACAAUGGCACUAUUGGGUUCACUCAGCAUAGUAUUGUUUUUCGCAAGAAAGUUGUUUGCAGAUUUUAGUGCAACAAGUUAAAAAGUUAACGGCUAUAGUGACACCUAUCAUAAUCUCAAAAUUAAGUAAUUUUUACACCAAAAGUGCCUUCGAUAAUAACUGAAUUUAAGCAAAUAGUACCUAUGACAUAAAUAUGCAAGUAUUUUAAUGCGAAAAUAU